CGUUUUGACAAACUUCCUGUUCUCGGAAUUAGAUUGCUGUGAGUCUAUCGACAAACUACAAACAAUUCUUUUUAACCAAGAAGACGUCAUGUCAAUGGCUUUUAAGGAUUCUUAUCAUUCUAAUUGACUGUUGGCAGAAGGGGUGUGUUAUAUAAAGUGGCAUUAAGGCCAUGAAGACAUACUGUACAAUAACAUGCUGAGGUUCCAAUAAGAGUUUGACGAAGACUCACGUGUAAUCCCUAAUUGACAGUUGCAGAACUUGGACCAACAGAUUUCACUUUGGGAUAUAAUGGCAAGUUGGGAUGAGAAACUUCUUACAGCUGCAGAGGUGGGGAAUAUAAAAGAGGUAGAACUAUGUGUAAAGAACAAAGCUAACUUGGAAUGUAAACGUGAUGAUUUGAGAGGAAUGACACCAUUAAUGUUGGCUGCUGAGAGAGGACACCUGGAGGUGGUGACGUACCUGGUCACUCACGGCAGUCAGUUAGAAGUCACAGACUGGGAUGGAGAAACAGCUUUACAUUAUGCUGCUCAGUAUGGACGGAUUGAUACAACAAAAUGGUUAAUAGAUCAAGGAUGCAGUCCUUGGGUGAAAACAAAAAAGGGUAAGACUCCUUAUGAUAUGGUAACGAUGGGAAGGUAUGAUUCUGAAGAGAAAAAAAGGAAGAAGAAAGAAGUGAUGGACUUCCUAAAGACUGUCAUGUCAAAGACAUCCCCAGAAGUAACUCCUGACACCCAUUUACAGGAACCUGCAGCACCAGUAGUUGAAGAUUCCAUCGGUAAAGGGCAACAGUCUGCUAUGUUAAAUCGUUUAUUAGGGAAGGGCAGCUAUGAAUCAUUUGAUAUGAGAUGCAUGGUAACCGGCCAAUUUUCAGUAGGGAAAUCGACUCUUGUGAAGCUGUUAGCUGGGGAUGUCAUACCAGAUGGGCGACAUCCGACUGAUGGAAUUUCUUUGGUUGAAGGUCGCUGUGGCCUUGAUAUUGAGACAAAAAGUUGGAUUCUUAUUGAUCCAGAAGCUUAUAAUGCCCUGGAUGUUGUGUACAAUAAGGUGUUAAUGACCUCUCUGGAAGAGGAGGAAAGUGAAUUAACCAAAAAGUUCGACCAGGCUUCAGAUACAAGCCCAACUGGUUAUGCCAAAGCCACACUUUCCUCUUUGCCCUCCGAACAGUCGGCAGCAGCACAAUCUCUACCACCUCAAAAAUCCUCCAAUGUGCCUCUCAUGGUAAAACAGAUGAAAGAGAAAAUGAAAACCAGAAUGACCAAAGAAGAAAUAAGAAGGAAAAUGGAAAAAGUCCUCAAAAGUGGGAAGUAUAAGAUGAAAGUUGGACGUCUUAUCUUCUGGGAUUUUGGUGGACAAUACGUUUAUUUAACAACACACCAGACCUUCAUGACGUUCCGAGCGUUAUUUCUUGUUGUCUUCGAUGGGAGCAAAGAUUUGCAUGAACAGGUCCCUGAUGUGAUGUGUUUUCCAGGGCAGCACAUGACACCAACUCCAGCAGUAUUCUUGCAAUAUUGGGUCAAUUCCAUCCUGACCUAUUGCAAGGUUGUAUAUCCAGGCAUUCCUAAGAUCUUGUUUGUUGCCACUCACAAGGACAAAGUACCAAAGGAGAAUGUUGAGACACGACGUGAAGAGCUUUACAGUGAAAUUGAGGAGUUGUUUAAAGACCAUGAGGGACAACAUCAUCUGGUCUUUAGGCCUCUAAUAUUUGUCAAUGCAAAAGAUCAAGCUGACCAAGAAAUAGAUGUUCUGAGGAAAACAAUUACAGAACUUACAUUCGACCACCCAUGUUGGGGUGAAAGAAUGCCCAAUGCUUGUGUACCACUAGAGCUCGAGAUCGCUGAAUUAGUGGCAGAAGGAAAACAAAUUAUGUCAUUGGCUGAAAUUAAAGAAUUAAAUGCCAUCAGCGAGGUGUCUGUCCUGUCUCCUGAGCAGCUAACAGUUUUUUUACGUUAUCAACACUCUCUCGGAAAGAUUGUUUAUUUUGACACCCCACAGCUGAGAGAUAACGUUAUCAUAAGUCCCCUUCUUAUGGUGGAAGUUAUGAGAUCUUUCAUUACUGGUGUGUUUAUAUUUUCAUUGAGUAGUAAUUAUAUUGCUGUUUAA